AUGGUUUCGCGGAACACGUUGCUUUCCCUACUUGGAACUCUAGCCUUCUGCUCAGUCGUUGUCCACGCCGAAGAUUCUGUUGAUGGCGAGGUGUCGGAAGAGCAGGAUAUGGCGAAAACUGAAGAUGAUGAUUUACUGAUCACAUCUUCGGCCGAUGCUGUUGUGUCGUUCAUUUUCACACAACCUUACAGCGCAAAUACAGCCAAAGAGCUGUAUGGUGGCAAGGCCGUCAAAUUUCUGAUUGGAUUUCAAAAUCGGGGCGAGAAAGAUUUCAUUGUCAAACAUUCGGAAACUUCUUUUCGAUACCCCAUGGACUUCAGUUAUAAUCUUCAAAAUUUCACAUUUGGUCAGUAUAAUCGUCGUGUUGCGCCUAAAGAGGAAGUCACUCUUGACUAUGCGUUCUUUGCUCAUGAAAGUUUUGCUGGUCGGCCUCUCGGUCUUGUCGUAGACCUCCAUUAUGAGGAUUCGGAGGGACAUUAUGUUACCAACGUCUUUAAUGAGACAGUUACGAUUCUCGAAGACGAUUCUGCAUUUAACACUGAGACUGGCUUCAUGUAUUUAAUUUUUACUGCAUUUAUUGUUGUUCUUCUUUUGGUUGGGUACCACUUUAUAAAUAAGUUUACGCGUAAGGCCGGAAUGCAAAAGAAGCGUCAGCCGGUCGUAGAGCAAGGGACGACCAAUUCGGAAGUUGAUUUUGAAUGGAUACCUCGAGAAAUUCUCAAACAUAACGAAAAGAAGUCACCGAAGCCAAGUUCUCCACGUAAUAAUGAUUUUCGACUUGUCAUCUUUUUCGACGAUCAUUACGUGAUGGGAACAGAAGCGGACCGUGCGGACGAAGAGAUCUGUAAAGAAGCCUCGAAUUUUACGAAGAUAUUUUACGAUGCUAUGGAUCGAAAGAGGGAGAAGAUCAAUUAUUUGUACUGUGACAGUGGCGCGACAUUAGUUUGGAACGGCAAUCCCGUCUCGGGAUGCGACAACAUAUUCAAGUUUAUUUCGUCACUACCGGAGACUGAUCAUCACUUGGUGUCUGUGGACGUGCAACGCAUAAAUGCUGGUCUUCCGGGAUCAACGGAUUUGCUCACGAUCACAACUGCAGGCACUGUCAUCCUUGGAGGCACAGUGCACGAUGAAUGGGCAAGUGUUACAAGCGACUCAGUUUUAGCGAUUGCUUUGUGCUCAGCGGUUAGCGAGGCUCGAAAUUUGGAAUUGCCUCUUGUUGAGAAGCAGGAGGGGCCAGAGACAAUGGCGGAAUUACGUUCCUCAUACUCUAGUGUAACAGCUCGUACGUCUAGUCUUCAUGACGCUUGUGAUCGUGCAUUGGCUUAUCAGACGGCAUUAGCCGCAGGUGCAGAACAGAUUCAAACGAAUUUACACUUCUUCAAGCAAGCCGAUAUCAUCAUGAAGAAGUUAAAUAACACGACGAAAAUAUCCGUCACUGGUCAAAUGUUCACUGGUAUUCUCGCAACAAUCGACGAAUGUCUUGCAUUUCUUCGUCAGCAUCCAGAAUACAAGGAGUCUGCAGCGUACAUAGUUAAGUAUGAGCAAUGCCUUAGUAGAGCAUUGACUUGGAUUCGCGUUGGUGUUAUGGCAGAUAUUGAGGCAUCCAUAAAUGAUGUCAGAGAUAGACAGUCUCAGUUACAGGUGGAUUACGCGAAAUUGGGCCGAGGUGGAGCCGAUGACGAUACUUUUGCUUUGCUUUAUGGUGUUUUUGCGACUAGAGCGAGUUCUGUCAAGGCAGCCCUCUCAGUGGCUGAGCAGAGGUUUUCUCAUGUAACAGAAUUUAAAGCAAUGUUGAAUGAAUGUUAUCAAGCCUAUUUUAACACAAGGCAGCAACUUUUAACACCGAUCAUACAGGCAACAUUGACGCAGAUGUUCAGUUCCUGUCCGGAUUCUUCAUGCGCGCUAACACGCCAGAGCUGUAACUUUAUAUUUGGACUUUGUGAUGACGAAUUUCGACUCUAUCGACAGUUCUUCUCGACUUCUCAAUUGUCAGGCCGCUCUUCAUCUCGUUUAGAUCGUAGCAGCAGUCCUGUAUCAUCAAUUGCGUCGUCACGUCCGCAGAAACUCGAUAAACUGCAUCCGUUUGAAGAAUUCAUAGAGGCAAUUUGUCGAGUACUGUACGACAUGCUACGUCCAAUCAUUGAAAUGAUAGAAGAGCGCUGCUCGGUGUUCCCUUCCAUACUCGCAGACGAAUGUACUUCGUUUGAUCCACGAUCAGGAUUUAUUCGAGUAAUUGAGGAACUUGUUGGAGAUGUAGCAGAAAGAAUUGUCUACAGAGCAUCCUUAUACGGGCAAACAGAUAUUGCUAACUAUAAACCGGCAGCUGGAGAUCUAGCAUACCCUGAAAAACUUGAAAUGAUGAAAAGUAUUGAGAUGGCGGAACGUAAGAACAAAGUCGCUGAUGGUGAAAGCUGUGAAUCAGGUAAUGUACAAAAAGAUUCUUCUUCUGAUCGUCCUAGUUCGGCUCCGAUCUCUGCAGUUGAUCUUCAUUGUUUGUGGUAUCCAACAGUACGACGAACGAUCAUGUGCCUUGCAAAGCUAUACAGGUGUUUGGAUGUGGCUGUGUUUCAAUCUCUUGCUCGAGAUCUUUUAACAAUGUGCUGCGACUCUUUAGAAGCAGCUGCUUCACAAAUCUCCGUUUCCCCUUCGAAGAAGACUAGUCAUACGAAAAUACUGGAUGCGGAGCUUUUUCUUGUCAAGCACUUGCUUAUUCUUAGGGAGCAAACAACUCCAUAUAGGCAGGGAGCAUACAAGAAUGACAUUAGUCUGCCCACUCUUGAUUGCUCAAUAGAUUUUGCGAAGAUGAAAAGCUCACUGUUGGACGACAAGAGUCGAUGGUUUGAAAUCAGUUCGAACAACGCCUUUCUCGAACUACUUUUUUCGGUUCCUAUCCUUGUCACAGAGCAAAGCGGUGAUAUUCGUCGUGUUAUAGACACAAAGCUACGUACUCGUUGUAAUCAGCUGAUUGAUAUAAGUGCUGAUAUUAUCGUAGGACCGUUACUGAAAUGGGUGGAUAUGGCUGAAGAUGAGCUCUUAAAACCGGACUUUGAUGUUAGGAAGCAUCCUGAACUUGCUCCAGCAAAACUCAAUGAUUUAUCAAAUAUUGUUAUGAAAGCACUAUCGCAGAAAUGGCCUGAGCUUUGCACAACGUACUCCCUAUACAUUGGCGUUCCUGAAACGGAGGCGAUUUUGUUGUCGCCGGUCCGGAAACGAAUUGCAAGCACGUUCGCAAGGGCGUUGUCGUUUGCGACACGAGCAUACAACGAUGAAGGAAGGGCUAUAGCUGCCGUACCAACUGUACAACAUGUCUAUUUACUUUUGAAUAAGGAGUGA